ACAACUUCCGGGUGCUUAUUGGAAAAAUUGGCGGUAUGCAUUGUUGCUAUUGCGUUUUAGUGUGCCUUACUAAAAUUGGGGAGAUUUAGGUUGACAAAUAUGAACUCAAACGUAACGUAAUUGGUUCUCAUCUUGUAAAACGUGUAACUGUUUAUCGGUAUUGCUCGUUAAUUCGAUGAUCGUGUGUUUAAUGCCCGUUGACAAACUCAAAACAAGUUGGAAAGGUAAGAUAGCUAACCGUAAACUUUAUAGCUAGCAGCUAAAGCUAACUGGGAACUGCUUAAUAGUGAGUCCAGUUGGCUUUUUGAGCCAUCGCUGCCAGCCACGCUCCUUCCUGUAUCUCGGCACUAUGGCGAACCCGACAUUGUUGCAGAAAAAGAAUGGAAAAUAUCUGUGGUUUGCUCUUCUCGGGCUUGGAUUUCAACCGGACAACGCAAUGUCGUCAAUAGCCGGCAAAACCAACAUUAACAUGAAACACAUCAACCUGGGACCGAAUAUGUUUGACAAACCAAACAAGGAUGCCUUCUACAUAGUAACGCAUUUCCUUUUGGAAAAACUCAACCCGACAAGAUUCAACGAGGCAUAUAGGUAUUGCUGGCCUGUACUGAACCAUAAAGCAGAUGCUGAGUUCCGCAAAGUUACCUGUGCGUGGCUUCGAGAAAUAAUGGAUGAAACCGCCAGUUCGGGAUCCAAAGUGGUUGCAUCCUUGUUCCUCUCACCAGGAGGCCCCAAGUUUAUCACCUUGAUGCUAAAUCUGGCCAAUCAUGUCAUGCUGCAGGAAAUGAAGACAUACAACACAGAUGACAGCUGGGUUCCAGAGGCAGCGGCGAUGCCUGCCUCCUCCCUGGACAUGGCGGUGAAGCGACUCAACAUGAUCACCGCCAGGUUUUUAAAAACUGCAGUGGAUCAGGAUCGUUUUCUCCACGAGUACCAAAGACGAGCCCAGCUCCUGGUGAAGUCUGUGAGGGACACCAGAGCAGAGGGUGCCAAGUACGAUGAGCUACUCAAGCGUUACAGCAGUGAUUGCAAACAGGAUGGAGCUUCUCAAGCUGAGAAGAUCAAAAUGGUGCGCUCCUUGUGGUCGGCCAUUGAUGGAAUGCUCUCAACUGCCAAAGAGGAGCAACAUGCGGUGGAAAGUGUUUUGAGUGGGAAUGUAGAUCAAUACGUCCUGGAUGGGACGGAUCGAAUCCUGACAAUUCCUCGGACUUUGCUGGAGAGAGUUGAACAACUCCCACAUCAGUUGAGCUCAGGCAAUGUGUAUGAGGCUGGCCAGCUGAACCUUCUGUGUGUGUUGGAGCUGACCAACCACGCGCUGCAGCUCCUGAGGGAGGAGCGUUUUCGGCUCGCGAAUGUCCCCAAGCCUCAGCUCAAUCCUGAGCACCUGCAGGAGAAAUGUCAGCAAAUGGCCCGUGUGCUGCAGAACCUCCGUCUCAUCAGGCAGAAGAUUUCUAAAGAAGGAAUUCCUGAGGUCAAGAGUACCAUCAGAGAGUUGGAGGCUGAAUGGGACAGGAAGUGGAUGGACACUCUGAAAGACACACCUCUAGUCUCUUUUUUGAAUGAAGAUCCUGCUCUUGGCUUCCUCUCACCUAUGGCUCCCCUGUCUUUUGAACCGGCAGCUGAGGCUAGUUAUAGGAGUAGUAUCUUCUCCCAGUACCCUGCAAGUCUUCCAGAGAAACCUGCAGAGAGUAAAUCACAGGAAGGUAUCCAGCCCAGUUAUUCUAACUUGAAGAGCAACACUCCUGCAACAGCUGAGAGGACAGAAAGUCCUGUUGUCACGACUGAAGUGCCGUCACAAGCGAAUACCUCCCUGGACUGGCUUUUCGACACACCGCCGUCCCCUUCUCUUCGGGCUCCAUCAGCACCGACACCUCAGGCUAGCGUGAGGAAGACAACCCGUGUUCAUCCAAAGGAGUCUCCCAAAAGGACCAAGACUCAGAUAUUAGACAUGGAAUAUGAUAACCUUGCUGAUCAGUUUGCAGAUGCUGUAACUACAACCAGUCCAACAGAAGGCAGGGUCAAAGGCCUAGACCUGGAGGGCCUUCUCAGCACUCUCCAUGGUGAUCCCUUCUCUACCAGGAAGCAGCUGCCACGUACACCUGAGAGCUUGAUUAUGGAUGUGAAGAACUCCUGGCGUAAGGCACUACAGGAGGACGAAGAAGAGAAAUUUGGGCAGUCGGGCACGGUUAAUGACAGUGUGACGGGUCGGUUCACUCCCCUCCAUGAGUCUCACAGUCUGCUGCAGACCACAGUUGCGCCCUCGCCAAGUGUCUCCUGCAGUAUCACCCCAACUGUCAUGAGCCACAGCAAACCAGUCAGCCAGCAGGAGAUCUUACUCAGAUUCUCUCAGCUGUGUGACACCUUCAGCACUGAGGCACUUGACAGCCCGAGCGGCAUGGGCAACAGUGCGGUCCAGUUCAGCCUUGACCACGAAACUCUCCCCGAGAUGCCCAGCUGUGACAGCCUGCUGAGCCUCGACGACGAAGGGGCGGAUACGAAGAGCGAGGAUGGUGACGAGCCCCUCAUCCCCCCGCUGAAGCCUGAGGCAACGCAGUCUCCACAAACCACCCGUCAUCAUCUGGGUCGGUUUCAGCAGGCAUGCGACAGUGGCUCCUUCAUGGAAAGCAGGACGAGAACACCUGAGUGUCUGCUGUCGGAUCACACGGUUUCUGGUUUGGACAGAGACUGGUUAAUGGAGUCUUCAAAGUCAGCGGAAGCCACAGACAAGGUCUUCUCGCUGGACUUGGAUGCACUGAAGACUCCUUCACCCCACAAGAAGCAGGAGUACAACCUCCCAAAACUGAUCACAUUCUCACCGAUAGAUGACAUGAAGUGUUAACUGCAUUCAUAUAGAAACCACUUUUGUGUGUGUGUGUGUGUGUGUGUGUGUGUGUGCGCGCGUUAGCUUGACUGUCUUAAACUGCUUUAAUUUUAAUGUAACAAAUAUUUGUACAUAGCUGUGAAAUAACCUAUUUCUGUCAAACACUCGUUAGCUUUGUGCAUGUGAUUUUUAAUUUAAAAUAAGUCAUGAGUUGCUUUAAUAAAACUGUAACAUAGUAAAUUUCUUUUUUACAUGUGUGUGUCUGUACAUAAUUGGGAUUGUUAUCUUCAAAGCUUCAUGUAACUCAUUAAACUUAAUUUCCAGGGUCCGCUGGCAGCUGAAGUUGCCAGAUGUUGAGUAGCAGAACAAUGUUUUUUGAGUUUACGGUGGCCAAGUCUCCUGUGUUCAUGAAAAGCGAGUAUGCCUCUUCCUCUUUAUGUGUACAUUGCACUAUUAUGGUUUCUAACAAGACAAAGUCUUCACAGGAUGUUAAAUUUCUAUGUAAGUAUGUGACCAAAUGAUGAAAGUAGUAACAUUUCUUGAAUUUUGACUUUUUUGGCAUUUGAAAAUAAAAAAAAAUAUGGAUGUGUA